AUGUCAAAAAAGAGGUUUGGUGGCGGAUGGGAGGAGCUCUGGUGGCCAGUGGCUGAGCUUGGUGGCGGGGCGGCGCCAAGGGGCCAGGCAGAGCGGAGUGGUGGUCGGGCGUGGGCGGUAGGCUGGGGAGCUAAGCACCGGUCGGGAGUUGCAGGGCGGCAACCGGGGAGAGGAGUGUCCGGUGGGGGUGGUGGUGCAACGAAGGCUGCAGGCGGCAGCAGGGCCAAAACUGGUAGUGGGGAGACUGAGGCUGGGCUAAGCGUAGGGGCAGGCAGGCGGCAGCCAGCGGGGAGCCGGGGAGGGCGGAGGCCGGUGGAGGAACUGGCGGCAGGGGUCGGAGGCUGCAGGCGGUAG